AUGGCUCUUGAAUAUGCAAUCGAUGGCCUAUUUUCAACAAAAUCCGAUAUUUUUAGCUUUGGAGUGAUAGUUUUGGAGGUAAUGAGCAGCAAAAGGAAUAGAAAAUUUCAUCACACAGACCAUGAUCUAAACCUUCUAGGACAGGCAUGGAAACUUUGGAUGGAUGGAAAGGCUUAUGAAUUAAUAGAUCCAGUGAUUGAGGGUUUAUUUCCAAUGUCUAAGGUGUUGAGAUGUAUACAGAUUGGUCUCCUAUGCGUGCAGAAAUGUUCUAAAGACAGGCCGACUAUGUCGUCUGUGGUCGCAAUUUUUAGAUAUUUCAGACGAUCGAGGGUUUUACUAUUCAGAAGUAAUCGGAUGCCCAAAGGGCUACAGAUGAGAUCUCUCAGAGUUCCUCUCUUUGCCUCUCACAGAAAAGCUGCUGUGAAUGCAAUGCAAUAG